ACUUUGGAAUAAGCGGGGCAGAAAUGAUACAUUUGUGCACUGAACGUGUGAUUACGGCGCUGCUCUCUGUAGAGAAAAAAUACAUAACUUGGCCGAGCGAAUUGGAACGCAAGCACAUUUGCGCAACGAUGAUGAACUCGCUUCCAGGAUGUAUUGGUUACAUGGAUGGUACACAUAUACCGUUGUUCGAGGCACCUCUGCAAGACCAUGAAGCGAGUGUCUCAGUAGGUUAUCCGGCUAGUGCACAUGAUGCUAGAGUUUUCGCCAACUCGCCCAUUGGUCUACAUCCAGAGAAUUACUUAUCAGACGGUCAAUGGAUAGCAGGAGAUUCAGCCUACCGCUGUAAUCGAUACGUAGUGACUCCGUUUAGAGAAAAUUCAAAUGUAAACGAGUGA